CAUAGAGUUUAGGGGCCAGAGCGACUCUGCAGGGAGGUGGCAGGAAAGGCUGGGAACAGCUGCCGGAGGUGACGGAGCAGUGGCCCCGCCCGGUGUGCUGGAAGGCGAAGCUUCCAGGUAGCGGCCCGCAGAGUCUGACCCAGAAUACGACGGGGCAGCCGGCAGAAGCCCACGGUCCCAGGGCGGCUUCUUUAAGGGAGGGGGCGGAGCCACGUGAAGGACCUUGAGGCUCCAGACUUCCGGAGCCCAGGUCCCCGCAGCUCAGUGCAGCCAUGAGUGCCGAGGUGAAGGUGACAGGGCAGAACCAGGAGCAAUUCCUGCUCCUGGCCAAGUCGGCCAAGGGGGCAGCACUGGCCACGCUCAUCCACCAGGUGCUGGAGGCCCCCGGUGUCUACGUGUUUGGGGAACUGCUGGAUAUGCCUAAUGUUAGAGAGCUGGCUGAGAGUGACUUCGCUUCCACGUUUCGGCUGCUGACGGUGUUUGCUUACGGGACAUAUGCUGACUACUUAGCUGAAGCCCGGAACCUUCCCCCACUCACAGAGGCUCAGAAGAAUAAGCUUCGACACCUAUCAGUUGUCACCCUGGCUGCCAAAGUCAAGUGUAUCCCAUAUGCAGUGCUGCUGGAGGCCCUGGCCCUGCGGAACGUGCGGCAGCUGGAAGACCUUGUCAUCGAGGCCGUGUACGCUGACGUGCUUCGAGGCUCCCUGGACCAGCGCAACCAGCGGCUGGAGGUUGACUACAGCAUCGGACGGGACAUCCAACGCCAGGACCUCAGUGCCAUCGCCCGAACCCUGCAGGAGUGGUGUGUGGGCUGUGAGGUGGUGCUGUCAGGCAUUGAAGAGCAGGUGAGCCGUGCCAACCAGCACAAGGAGCAGCAGCUGGGCCUGAAGCAGCAGAUUGAGAGUGAGGUCGCCAACCUUAAAAAAACCAUCAAAGUUACAACAGCAGCCGCUGCCGCAGCCACAUCUCAGGACCCUGAGCAGCACCUGACUGAGCUGAGGGAGCCGGCUCCUGGCACCAACCAGCGCCAGCCCAGCAAGAAAGCCUCCAAGGGCAAGGGGCUCCGAGGGAGCGCCAAGAUUUGGUCCAAGUCGAACUGAAGGGACUGUCGUUUCUUCCCCGGGGAUGUGGGGUCCCAGCUGCCCACCUGCCCCUUAGGAGUCCUCAGAGAGCCUUCCUGUGCCCCUGGCCAGCUGAUAAUCUAGGUUCAUGACCCUUCACCUGCCUUCUUCUCUCCCCCACCCGCAAACAUAGAUCACACCUAGGGAGGAGGCGAGUAUAAGUCAUGUUUUUGUUGGUACUUUUUAAUGUGACUUUCUUAUGUGUCCCAUCAUCCCCUCCUCCUCCCUGCCUAUUUCUUUAGGAGCCAGCAUCUGUCUCUGUUUAUUAUAUGGCAUUAGUAGGUGGGUCUGCUCCAUUGCCAGCAUCACCUACACAUGUUCCUUCUCCCACUGCCCCACCCUGCACGUCUAACCCCCAGCUCCUGCUCCCUGCCCCUAGCCUGUCUGGGCAGCAUCUGAAGAACCAGAGGGCUCCCACCUUUAUUCCCAUCCUGAGAGUGCCGGAGCCAGCCUGCCAUUCUGGGAGCCACUGGACACUUUCAUCCUAGAAUCCCGUCACCCAGCAGUUGCUUCCUCUCCUCUCUCUUCCCCUUGGGUCCGGGAGCGCUGCUGCUUCAGUGACCCCAGAGCCUAAGGGCAGCUGUUUCUUGAGCUGUUGUGAGAUGGUUCUUUCUUGACUCUGGCUGUUUGAAAGCCUGAUGGCAACCUUGCAAGGAUUUAUACUUUUGUGAGUUUGGGAAGGGAAGGGGAUAGAGAUUGUAUAAAAAGAAUAUAUAUACAUAUAGCUAUAUAUGAUAUGACGCAGAAAUAAAUCUAUGAGAAGUCUAUCUACAA